AUGCAUAUCAAGUCAAUCAUUCUUGAAGGAUUCAAGUCCUAUGCCCAGAGGACAGAGGUCAACGGUUUUGACCCACUGUUCAAUGCUAUCACCGGAUUAAAUGGCAGUGGCAAGUCCAACAUCCUGGACUCUAUUUGUUUUCUGUUGGGCAUCUCCAACCUAUCUCAGGUGCGAGCAUCCAAUUUGCAAGAUUUGGUUUACAAAAAUGGUCAGGCUGGAAUUAUUAAAGCGACUGUAUCAAUCACCUUUGAUAAUUCUGACAAGAAACAGAGUCCGUUGGGAUUUGAGGCUCAUGAUGAGAUCACAGUCACUAGGCAGGUCGUCAUUGGUGGUAGAAAUAAGUAUCUAAUCAAUGGUGUGAAUGCAAACAACACAAGAGUGCAGGAUCUCUUCUGUUCUGUUGGACUCAAUGUCAACAACCCUCACUUUCUUAUUAUGCAGGGACGAAUUACCAAGGUUCUAAACAUGAAACCUCCAGAGAUUUUAGCUAUGAUUGAAGAAGCAGCUGGUACAAGGAUGUAUGAGUGCAAGAAAAUAGCUGCCCAGAAAACUAUAGAGAAAAAAGAGGCAAAACUGAAAGAAAUUCAAACGAUUUUAGAGGAAGAAAUCACUCCAACCUUACAGAAACUGAAAGCGGAACGAUCAUCCUAUUUAGAGUACCAGAAGGUAAUGCGAGAGAUAGAACACUUAAGCCGUCUCUAUGUUGCGUAUCAAUUUGUUUUGGCUGAAGAGACGAAGGUACGUUCUGCCGAUGAGUUAAAGGAAAUGCAGGCUAACAUAGCGAAACUUCAGGAAACAAUGGCUGAGAAUGAGAAAAAGGUGAAGGAACUUAACAAAGAAAUAGCAGAGAUGGAAAAGAAGAGAGAUCAGGAAGUUGGUGGCGUACUACGUUCACUGGAAGAUGUUCUUGCAGAAACUCAGAGAGUUGAUACAAAAGCACAAAGUGCUCUUGAUCUCAAGAAGCAAAACUUAAAAAGUGAAGAGAAGAAAUGUAAAGAAUUAGUAAAAAGCAUGGAGGAGGAUUCUAAGGCUGUCGUGGCCAAGGAGAAGGAAGUCAAGAAGAUAAAAGAUGGGCUAAAUGCUCUGCAGGAGGCAAGUGAUAAAGAUACAAAUGUCCUGGCUGCUGCACAGCAACAUUUUAAUGCCGUGUCUGCCGGUCUGUCCAGCAAUGAAGAUGGUGAAGAAGCAACUCUUGCUGGACAGAUGAUGACGUGUAAGAAUGACAUUAGUAAAGCAGAAACGGAGGCUAAGCAGGCUCAAAUGAAGUUGAAACAUGCUCAACAAGAAUUAAAGACAAAACAAGCGGAAGUAAAAAAGAUGGAUGGUGGCUACAAGAAAGAUCAAGAAGCAUUUGAAGCUGUCAAAAAGCUGAAAGAAAAACUAGAAAAUGAAAUGAAAAAGCUAAACUAUGAAGACAAAAAAGAAGAAACUCUUUUAGCAAAACGGAGAGAGCUGUCUCGUGAUGUCAAUCAGUUGAGAGAGUCAUAUGAAGCCUUAAUGGCCAAGUUUCCCAGUCUACGGUUUGAAUAUAAGGAUCCAGAAAAAAAUUGGAACCCAAACCAUAUAAAAGGGCUUGUUGCCUCUCUAAUCACCGUGAAAGAGAUCUCCACAGCAACAGCUCUAGAAGUAGUAGCUGGGGGAAAACUCUAUAACAUUGUGGUGGACACAGAGGUUAUUGGUAAAAAACUGCUAGAAAAAGGUGAACUGAAGCGUCGAUACACCAUAAUUCCACUAAAUAAAAUUUCAGCACAGUGUAUUAGGCAAGAAACUGUGAUGGCGGCAAAACGCUUGGUUGGUGCUGAUAAUGUGCAUUUGGCCCUCUCUCUGGUUGGGUAUGAAUCUGAACUGCAGAAGGCAAUGGAAUAUGUCUUUGGAACAACACUGGUUUGUGAUAACAUGAAUAAUGCCAAGAAAGUGACUUUUGACAAAAACAUAAUGAAAAGAACUGUCACUCUUGGAGGAGAUACCUUUGAUCCUCAGGGGACUCUGAGUGGAGGCGCACGCUCACAGUCUACACCUGUUUUGUCCAAGCUUCUGGAAAUGAAAGAUAUUCAAGAAAAAUUAAAAACAAAGGAGUCUGAGCUAGACACAGUAGAAAAGGAGCUGGCAAGCUUAAAGAACACUGCUGAAAAAUAUCGCCAACUGAAGCAGCAGUGGGAGAUGAAAUCAGAAGAAGCAGAGCUAUUGCAAACCAAACUUCAGCAAAGUGCCUAUCACAAACAGCAAGAGGAGCUGGAUACCCUUAAGAAAACCAUUGAGGAAAGUGAAGAGACACUAAAGAAAACCAAGGAAAUCCAAAAAAAGGCAGAAGAAAAAUAUAAAGUGCUGGAGAACAAAAUGAAAAAUGCCGAAGUGGAGCGUGAGAGAGAAUUGAAAGAUGCCCAGCAGAAGCUAGAUGGUGCCAAAAAAAAGGCAGAUGCUUCCAGCAAAAAAAUGAAAGAAAAGCAGCAGGAAGUUGAAGCAUUAGUUCUGGAAUUAGAAGAGCUAAAGCGAGAACAGGCCUCCUAUAAACAACAGAUUGAGGCUGUGAAUGAAGCUAUCAAAUCCUACCAGGAUCAGAUUGAUGCUAUGGCAUCUGAGGUGUCCAAGACAAAGGCAUCUGUAAAGAAAGCUCAGGAGGAGCUGGCUAAGCAAAAGGAAAUAAUCACGGCCCAGGAUAAAGAAAUUAAAGCCAAAUCUGCAGAGGCUGUAAAAUAUAGAGAACAAAAUAAUGAAUCACAGCUUAAGGUUAAAGAGCUAGAACAUAACAUCAACAAACACAAGCGAGAAACUACUGAUGCUGCUGCCAAGGUGGCUAAACUGCUGAAAGACUAUGAGUGGAUAGCUUCAGAGAAACAACUUUUUGGCCAGCCUAACACAGCGUAUGAUUUUAAAACUAACAAUCCUAAAGAAGCAGGUCAGAGGCUGCAGAAACUACAGGAAAAAAAAGAGAAGUUGGGAAGGAAUGUCAAUAUGAGAGCUAUGAACAUGCUUUCAGAGGCAGAAGAAAGGUAUAAUGACUUAAUGAAGAAAAAAAGAAUUGUAGAGAAUGACAAGUCUAAAAUACUUGCAACUAUCGAGGAGCUUGACCAAAAGAAAAAUGAAGCUUUGAACAUUGCCUGGCAAAAGGUGAACAAAGACUUCGGUUCAAUUUUCUCUACUCUUCUACCUGGGGCCAAUGCUAUGCUGGCAGCCCCUGAGGGGCAAACUGCCUUAGAUGGUUUGGAAUUCAAGGUUGCCUUAGGAAAUACCUGGAAGGAAAAUUUAACAGAACUUAGUGGAGGUCAAAGAUCUUUGGUGGCUUUGUCCCUGAUCUUAGCCAUGCUUCUCUUCAAACCUGCUCCAAUUUACAUCUUAGAUGAAGUGGAUGCAGCCCUUGAUCUUUCUCACACACAGAACAUUGGACAGAUGCUUCGCACUCACUUCAGACAUUCCCAGUUCAUUGUGGUAUCCUUGAAGGAUGGGAUGUUCAACAAUGCAAAUGUCCUCUAUAAGACCAAGUUUGUAGAUGGUGUAUCCACCGUGGCAAGAUAUACUCAGGCACAGAAUGGAAGUAAUGUAUCUGCACAGCAAAAAGCUGACAAGGCAAAACAGAAGAAUAGACCCAGACCCUAUGUGGAUGCUUGA